AUGCCUGUUGUGUUUGCCUUCUGCUCGCUGCUGGCGCGGUCCCGUCGCGACGUGUCGCAGUGGUCCCUGACAGUGCCUCUCCGGGCCGGCGCGCUCCAUCGUCUCAGGCGGCUUGCAACACACCAUACAGCAACUGCAGAAACUUGGCUAGAUGUGGUUGCUGUCACUGAUGUGAAUCUAUUUGCGAACCACGAUCAACUCCCGGCUCCUGGGCUCUUCAAAUAUGACCUUGUGUUCUGUGCCUACAGACUGCACCCGCUGAAACCAAAGCAGGAGUUUAUCACAUAUAGAAAUUAUAGGUGCCUGGAUAUGAGUGCUUUUAUGCUGCCUCUAUUACGUCUAUACGAGUACGUUGAUGCUGCCUCUAUUCCUUGGCAUGAAGUCAUUCUCACAGAUAAUGUCGAGGAAAUGGUCGACAGGUUGAACAGUUUUCUACUUCUCUUGUAUGACAGGCAUGCUCCUAUGGUUACGAAAAGAGUAAAUAAAAAGCCUGCACCCUGA